AUGCAAGAAUCGAUGAGUCGAUUACCACGGAUAUGCGGGUUACGACGAUUGGGUCUAGUCUUGGCUCUUCUAUUUGUCAUUUUCACAGCUACUAUUCUACGACCUCAAUAUCCAUUAUUCGACCAAGAUUUCAGCAUCUCCUCAUUCUCAACAGCUCCCAAUCGUGACAAUGUCAUUGACGAUGACAUGACAUUACCAGCUUGGCCUGUUCAGGUUGCUGAUACGGGCGUGUUGGCGCGUCAAAGCUUGUACACACGUAGCAUGUUUACGCCAGACGCCACAUCGCAUAACCACUUCAUCCCUGUCAGCGCAAUCAUUACUCGCCUGUCGACUGAUCCACGGGCCAUCCAUCAUAUUGUAAGGCACUUGUUGAAGUAUCCAUUCAUCAAGGAGAUCAUUGUGGAUGAUCCAUUCGACAACAUUGAUUUGCAGCUGUUCCAAGAUCUCAAUUUCAAUGGCUCGACAUCCAAGCCUGAUGACGAUGUUGCAUUCCAUAUUGUACACAACGACAACCGGUUCACAACAUGCGCCACGAAUACCACUCAUCGUACAUGCUACUUUCAAGAUGAUUCGGCACUCAAUUUAUUCAUGGAUACGCUUUAUACCAAUCACAUUCGACAUCCUCAUUUAUUGCAUGCCAACGUUCGGGCUUCUCGAUAUCUUGAUCAUCAAAAAUGGCGAUUCCAAAACAACAAUGAUUUACAUACAGGAUACGCUGAUGUCCGGUAUGGUGCCAUGGCACCUCGUUCCGCUGCCGAAGCCUUUGUUCAACAUGACUCGGAGAGUGAUUCCGUAGACUAUCCGGAAAUUCGAUUUGCGAUCAGCAUGAAUGAGUAUCCAUGGGUGCUAGCCAACUCGCUUUUGACACUUGGCCGUGAACCAAAACCUGAUAAAGGAUACAGCAACCGCCCUAGGAUGCAAGAAAUUAUGUAUGAUACAUUGCGACAACUUGAAGAUCGACAUCCUGAGGCUACACAAGUGGAACCAUCAGUAACAGAACGUGAUGCUAGGGCAUCAUGUGGCAAUGAUCGAUGCAUGUUCACCACCAAUUUGAGCCCGAUUCCAGAUAAUCCAGCACUGGUUGGACGAAGAUUCAGCACCAAGGAUAUCACUAGCAUUCGACAAUGGGAGACGUUAUACCACGACAUGGACAUUCCUAUGCAACAACCAUGGCUCUCUCAUCCAUUCCAUUAUGCCGUUGAUCAAGAUGCUAGCACAUGUUGGAAUUCAUAUCACUAUCCUCAAAUUGGUGAUUACGUUGGACUUGAUAUGGUGGGCACGAUGCGAGCAAAGCGCGUGAUUCUUGAUUUGGGACGUAAAAUCCUUAAUUCAGAUGACCUAUUUACCGUGUCAGUCGCCAAAGAAUCAAACCAUUGGGUGAGCUGCAAGAUUUCAAAAUUGGAGGAGUAUCACACGCCAAGACGAGUUGCGAUCCGGAUCCAUGAAUGUCCUGGCGUACAAGAUUGGAGUUCUAUACGCAUCACCUUUACAAGGGAUCAAAGAGAACCACUUGAACUCUGCGGAAUGACGAUCGAUAAUAUGGUGCUCUAA